AUGUCCACCCCAGCGAGAUACACCUGCGAGAUCGUCUUCAACCGCGCGGCGAACGUCCCGCUCGCUGACCUGAACGACUUCUCUUCCGACCCGUACAUCCUUGCCACUCUCGCGCCUGCUCGACAUGAAAACGCUUCCGGACCGGAUUCCGAGCUCCCACAAACUAUCACAUACCGCACACCCACCUCGCGGAAGACUCUCAACCCGACCUGGAACACACGCUGGAUCGUUUCGGGCGUACCUGCCUCCGGGUUCGAACUUAACCUCUCCCUGCUCGAUGAGGACCCAGGCGACCGCGACGACAAACUCGGGAAGGCUACCGUCCGCUUUCCCGACCCGAACCUCGACCGCGAAGAUGGCAAGCGGGAGUUCAAAGAGGGCUGGGACUCUGGCGAGCGGGAGUUCAAGGUGCACAAACGCCAUGGGAGCGUGAGGACGCGCCUCGGGACGUAUGUCGCGAAAGUGGUGACGCGCGGUCGCGUCGGACACCGCACUCGCAUUAUAGUGAGCGUACGCGUGCUAGGAUCUGCCCCGAGUUUGGAGGAGGACGACGCGGGGCGCAUAUAUACCCUCGGGCCUCACAUCUUCGUACGGCAUUUCUGCCCCUUGGCCACGUACCUCACGGGUGCCCGCUCCUUCAUCGCGAAUCGCAUCCACCUCAGCGGACCUGUGCCCGCCGCUCUCCACCAUCGCUAUGUCGGUUUUGCGCCAUUUAUCAAGGCCAUGUUCAAGGCAAAGGGCAUCAAAGGCAUCCUCCUCAACCGCACGCUGCACAAACAACAUCGUACCAUAUACCGGUGGGACGCUAACACCAUCUGGGGCGUUAUUGGCGAGGAAGACAAGACCGCGCCCGACGGCGAGGGUAAAGAGCCCAGUGAGGGGGCCAAGAGAGAAGUCGCCUCCAAGGAGGAGGGCAAGCCUGACGAAGCGGUGGCGAGGAAGUUCCUGGACAUGACCUCGUACGGCACAGAGGGACGGAUAUUCACUUAUGUGAUCCUGCUCGACGGCGAAUGGCGCUUCACGGAAACCGGAGAGGAGUUUGCCAUCCAGAUGCUGAGCAAACACACCAUGCACGCGGACGUCGCGCUCGAAAUCGCGUUCAGCGGCGAGUUUUUCGUGCGCAGGGUGCAUGCGGCGGAACCAUCUUCGAAGAAACACGCUGCCGCCGCUGGGGAACAGGCCAACGGGGAACAGGCCGACGGCGACGCUGCACCGGCACAGGACAGCCAUCCAGAUGAUGAAGAGCCAGACGUCGACACGGACCACCCUGACGCGAGCAGCCUGCCGCCGUCAGCGUACGAGCUGGUGAUCGACAACGACUCGGGCACAUACCGACCGAAGAAGGACCUCCUCCCUACGCUCGCCAAGUACCUCUCGCGCCCCGAGAACCUGGGCGCGCUCGGACGCGUGCGCGCCAUGGACGGCUUCGACGAGAAGCUAAAGAAGUGGAAAGAGCAGCGGACGGAGGUGCGGAAACGCGCCAAGGGUGGAAACGCGACGAAGGGCGUGGUGCGGCAGGCGAGCUUCAGCUCCUCGAGCUCUGGCAGCUCGAGCUCGGACGAGGGCGACCGCGAGGCGGCCGAGGGGGCGAGGCAGGAUGCCGAGGCCGAGCGGCAGAAGGGCGAGCAGGGGCAGGCGAGGCAGGCGGAGAAGGAGGAUGCCCAGCGCGCGAAGGAGAACGAUGACGACGAUCAGGCGGCGCAGGAGGAGAAGCGCGAUGUGAAGGGCGGAGAGGCGUGA